AUGGAGGAAGUGCUCUGGGAAAUGAUGGGCGAGGAUACGAACGAGCGGGGGCUUCCACCCGGGUUCAGAUUCUAUCCCACUGACGAGGAGCUGGUGACCUUCUACCUGGCCGGUAAGGUGUUCAAUGGGGGCUUCGUCGGCGUGGAUAUGGUGGAGAUCGAUCUCAACAGAUGCGAACCGUGGGAGCUUCCGGGUAGAAUUUCUGCGUCUGGGCUCCUUCCGAGGGAUGAAAUACUUAGAUCGAUCUCUUGAUCCAUGCACAUUAUGAAGCCACACUAACUUCAUCGCCAUUCUUUCUAUCACCCCAUAAUUCUCAGUCAAAAGAAAGCCAAAUGUUGUGUACUUCAACCGAGGGAGAAGAACGCGGUUUCGCGUGUAUGCUAGAGGUUUCUCCUCCACGAAUGCUUUGAGCCGAACUCCCACCUGUGUCUGGAAACCUUUAUACUAACUCCUUGAAACCUAGAAGCCGUAGGAUAGUCGAUCUUGACCAUAUCAGUCGUUUUUUCCCCCCGCAAAUGCUCGGCUUUCUCAUGUCACUACUUUCUCUUUUCUCGUUCUUCCAUGGUCCAGACGUGGCCAAACUAGGAGAAAGAGAGUGGUACUUCUACAGCCUCCGAGACAGGAAGUACCCAACGGGGCUCCGGACGAACAGGGCCACAGGUUCCGGGUACUGGAAGGCCACCGGUAAGGACAGGGAGGUGUGCAGCGCCUCCGGCGGCGUUGUGAUCGGCAUGAAGAAGACUCUGGUCUUCUACAAGGGUAGGGCGCCUCGCGGAGAGAAGACCAAGUGGGUUCUCCAUGAGUAUCGUCUCGAGGGUGACUUCUCCCGCCGCCUCGCCUGCAAGGUCCGCUCCCCUCUCACUUAAGCAGGUUAUGCUCAAUAGAUCAGUUGAAUUAGGCUCAAAAGACUCACGGUGCCCUUAAAGCUCAGAUAUUCCUUCCUUCCCCCUGACCGGGUUUCCUUCUCACCCCUUGAAGCGCUUCGAACCACGUCGCUAUAAGGGGGAAAGAGAUUAUAGUGCUAAGUCGACGUCCUGGCAUUCGUGCUUUCUCUCUCUCUCUGGGCCUCUCUAUCUCUCUCAUUCUUUCUUUCAUUCAUUCAUUCGCGGCAGAGAUACACUGCAGCAAUAAAUGACCUUUUCCUUUUCUUUCUUCGUAUUUACGUCCAGGAGGAAUGGGUUAUCUGCAGAAUAUUCAAGAAAACAGGAGGCGAGAAGAAAACCUCAGCUUUCCAAAACUUCGACUACCUUUUCGACCCUUCCCCUUCCUCCUCUCCACUCCUUGCAUACCCCUCGCUUGGUGAGAUGCAAAGCCUAGAUUCUCCAAUGAGCUUCUUCUGCAAGGGCAGCACCUCCCACUUCUUUCACCCGGACGAUGACCUCCACCGCCGUCUUCCUCCGGUGGAUCCCACCCAGUCCUUUAUACCACCUACCAUCCCGUCGCUUCUCAAAUCCGAUUCCCAUCAACACCUUCCCAAGGAGAUCAAUCCUGCUCCCGAACAGUGUAGCUCCGUCUUGUCCACCCCAGCUGGACAAGCCGUCUUCAACCUGGUUGACGCAGACCCACAGAACCCUCUUGUCUUCAGCACGUUUCCUCCCUUCUUCGGUCUUCACGACGCGCCGGCCUGGCUCGGCGCCGCCGGCGGCCCGCCAGAGUCAGGAGCUCUGGUUCCCUGGGAUUGCGCCCAUGCACACGUAUGGCAAAUGUAG